CCAUACUCCAUAGUAUUGUCGUACCUCAACAAUUGAAUGAUUGUCCCACUACCAUCACUUAGCACGUACUUCCUACACCCCACUAUUCAAUCCAGGAUCAUUCUUUCAUUGGGACUACUUUACAUUCCAAUAGGUGCUAGCACAUCAUCAAUAACAUCUGAAUGUCGCUACUUGUCACCAUCAUAGUAAAGCUCGCUAACUUGAAAUCCUAGUGAAGUUUCCCUAAAACAUUACACGUGUCCUGAGCUUGGUGAUUAAUUUGCAUUUUCACGUUACCAAAAAUAGUAUUUUGAAAACUAAUUCGAGUUGUGAUAUCAAAAAUAAAAGAACGUGUGGUUUUUAUCCGAAACAAGAAGACUAUAAUGAUGAAGAUCGAACGCGGUUACACGAACAUAAAGAAGCACGUGGUUUUGUACGAAUGGAAAAUAAACGAAAUAAGUUCAUAUAUAGAAAAAUCCGAUGACCAUUCCGACCAAAAUAUUUCAAUAAAAUCGCCAUUAUUUUCAGCAGGAAGUGACUCGGAAAAAAAAUGGAGUCUUGAAUUUAAAUCGAGCCCUCCAGAAUUAUCAGAAGGUACUGAAAAAAAAUGGCUGUCUGUAUUUUUAAUGCACACUACAGACUCUGAUGCUGAAGUUAAAACAAAAUAUUUGUGCUUCAUUUUAAAUAAUAAUAAUGAGAGAGUUAAAAUAAAAAAGUUCAGCAAAACUUUCAGAGGUAAAGGCGGCUGGGGAAAUCGUAGAUUUCUUGACAAAAAUGAGUUACUGGAAAGAAAAGAUGAACUCACUCCAAAUAACACACUGACAGUUUGUAUUGAGCUCACUGUAUUUGAUGACUUGACGACGAUGUCCAAUGACUUGAGUAUAUUGCGAAAGUCAAAAUUCCGUAUGGCUGAUGACUUUAAGAAAAUUUUCUACAGCGGGAUAGGCUGCGACAUCAUUCUAAAAGUAAAAGACCAAGUCUUUGAAGCUCAUAAAAUUGUUUUGAUGGCCCGGAGUCCAGUAUUCUUGACGAUGUUUAGUUCUGAGAUGAGAGAAAAUAAAGAGUACAAAGUUAACAUACCCGACAUUGAUCCUGACAUCUUCAAAUAUCUGUUGGAAUUCAUUUACACUGACGAUGUUUCAAAUUUAGAUGCCGUUGCUGAAGACCUGCUUGAAGUUGCUGAUAGAUAUAUGUUGGAUUCACUCAAAGACAAGUGUGCAGAAUCACUAUGUCAUUCUCUGACGGUUGACAACGCUGUCAAAUUACUAAUUUUAGCAGAAAGAUAUUGUGUCGAAGAAAUGGCCGAACAUGUUUCCAAUUUUAUAUUAACGAAUGCUGAAAAUGUCGUAGAAACUCCCGAGUAUGAACUGAUGGAAAAAACGAAUCCGUCUUUGGGUCUGGUUUUAUUUAAAAAAUUCGCAGCGUCUAAGUCUAAUAGGGCAUUUUAAUCAUUGAUAGGAAUUAAUUGACGAUUAUGGAGUCAUGUUCAUGGAAAUUUAAAUUAAUGGCCUUCAUAUAUUUUUUUGUAAAAGAAAUAUCGUGAUAAUUAAUAAUUAAGUACACAACGUUUUGCUUAAUGGCAAACAAUGAAUAUUAAAUAAAUAUUAACAAGUUUUGUAUAUAGAUAUGUAAGUACGUGAUCCAUAGCAACAUAGGUUGUAAAUAUAUAUAUUAAAUUAAAUCGUUGUAUUGAAUAUGAAAAAAUUGCAGUACUAAAUCAAGCUUUUAAUAGUUAUUUAUAAUUUGAAAAAUAAUGUUACACUAUACUAUACCACUACUUAUUAAUAGUUUUAAUUGUUAACUAAUGAUAUGAUAAAUUACUUAGUGUGAUAAGC